AUGGAGAACAGAUCUGAAGUGAGUGAGUUCAUCCUCAUAGGAUUAACAGAUGCCCCAGAGCUUCAGGUUUCUCUCUUCAUCAUGUUCACCCUCAUCUACCUGAUCACCCUGGUAGGCAACCUGGGGAUAGUAGCUCUGAUCUCCUGGGAUUCCCGCCUCCAUACCCCAAUGUACUUUUUCCUCAGUAAUCUCUCUCUGGUAGAUGUUGGGUACUCCUCAGCUGUUACCCCAAAGGUGAUGGCUGGGCUCCUCACAGGGGACAAGGUCAUCUCCUAUAAUGGAUGUGCUACACAGUUUUUCUUCUUUGGGGCCUUUGCUACUACUGAAAGUUUCCUCUUAGCCUCCAUGGCCUAUGAUCGUUACGCAGCCGUGUGUAAGCCCCUACAUUACUCUACCACCAUGACAUCAACUGUAUGUGCGCAUCUGGCCAGUGGUGCUUACAUCUGUGGCUUUUUGACCUCCUCUAUAGUCAUAGGAAACAUUUUUAGCCUUUCCUUUUGUAGGUCCAAUGUGAUCCAUCACUUUUUCUGUGAUGUUCCCCCUCUCCUAGUUCUCUCUUGCUCUGAUAUUCACAACAUUGAGUCAAUAAUAUUUAUCUUAGGGUCAUUCACUACCUUUUUACCAUUUCUUGUCAUCUUUACCUCUUACUUAUUAAUCUUCAUCACCAUCCUGAAGAUCAAUUCUGCUGACAGUCGACAGAAAGCCUCCACUUGUGCUUCCCAUCUUGCUGCUGUGUCUAUAUUUUAUGGGACAAUCAUCUUCAUGUACUUCCAACCCAGCUCAAGCCAUUCCAUGGACACAGACAAAAUGGUGUCAGUGUUCUACACCAUUUUCAUUCCCAUGUUGAACCCUCUGGUCUAUAGUCUUAGGAACAAAGAUGUGAAGAAUGCUUUUAGGAAAGCUGUGAGUGGACAAAAACUUCAAUUUGAUUAUCUUUUUUCUUAG